ACCAUGUUAUUUUACCGUUUGACAAGUUUGACGUAUCUGUCACUUCUGAUUUGCUUGCUUCCAAUUCCUAUUCUCAUUAGAAUUUACUUGGUCGAUUGUUGUGCAAAAUCGAAGUGAAUUAAGGGGGCGGAUGGCUGAUUAAUACAUGUAAGUCUGGCGGUCUGUUCUAAUCAUGGCUAUGUCAAAAGGGUUUAAAGUCCUGGAAAAAUCGGCACCUCCGAAUCCGUACAGUAUAAUACUACAGCAUAGAAAUAAAGACACUGCACUUUUGUUUGAAUCUCAAGCGGUAGUAUCUUUAUCAUCUCAAGAAACGGAAACGUUACGAAAACAAUAUCAUAAAAUAGCCGAUGCUUAUGGAUGCCUCGGAGUUCUCCAGUUGAACUCUGGUGAGAGUUGUAUGCUGUAUCUGGUGCUGGUCACAGGCUGCUGCUCAGUUGGUAAGAUUGCUGACGUUGAAGUCUUUAAAAUAACACAAACUCAAUUUCUGCCUUUGUUUUAUCAGUCUCAAGGUGAAGAUAAAGUGUCUGAAGUAAGAAAACUGAUAAACUCUGGUACAUUUUAUUUUUCCUGGAAUUCUGGUAAAACUACCAAUCUUUUUGAUUUAACACUAUGUUCUCAAAGAAAAAGCAAAGGAGCCAGUCCUGAUAACAGAUUCUUUUGGAAUAGAACACUGUUUAUUCAUCUAAUCAGAUAUGGCAUUGAUUGUGAUGAAUGGCUCACUAGAGCAAUUUGUGGUUCAGUAGAAAUCAGAACCAUUUAUGUUGGACACAGACAAGCAAGAGCUGUACUAGUGUCCAGGCUUAGCUGUGAACGUGCUGGGACCAGGUUUAAUGUGAGAGGCUGCAAUGAUGAUGGAAAUGUAGCCAAUUUUGUAGAAACAGAACAAGCUAUAUACAUAGAUGAUUCAGUAGCUUCUUAUGUACAAACUAGAGGCUCAGUUCCACUGUUUUGGGAACAACCUGGUAUUCAAGUGGGAUCACAUAAAGUAAAAAUGUCUAGAGGAUAUGAUGCAUCUACUAGCGCCUGUGAUAGACACUUCUCACAACUAAAGCGUAACUAUGGCUCUUUAAUUGUAGUCAAUCUGCUGGGGUCAAGCCUAAUUGGUGGCAGUGAAGGUGAAGCCACUUUAAGUAAUGCUUUCCAGAAACAUUUGAAUGAUUCAGCUCAUUCUGAUGUCAUUCAAAUUAUUUUUGAUUAUCAUCAGGAAGUCAGAGCUUCUUCAAUAGAAUCUGCAUUAUCAAAGUUCAGGAAAAUCAUAGAAAAACACUAUGAUGAGAUAAGUAUUUUUAGUGCAAAAGGUACAGACAUUUACAAUAUACAGAAAGGAGUUAUAAGAACAAAUUGCUUAGACUGCUUGGAUAGAACAAACUCUAUACAAACAUUUAUAGGAUUAGAAAUGUUAGCUAUUCAACUUAUGCUGUUACAGUGUAUUGAUAAGAAACAAAAUGUUACAAGAUUUGAAGAAGUAUUUAAACAGAUGUGGGUAAACAAUGGAAAUGAAAUAUCAAAAAUUUAUGCUGGAACAGGUGCCAUUCAAGGAGGAUCUAAACUGAUUGAUGGAGCAAGAUCAGCAGCUCGAACAAUUCAGAAUAACUUGUUAGACAACUCAAAACAAGAAGCUAUUGAUAUAUUGCUUUUAGGCUCCACUUUGAACUCAGAACUUGCAGAUCGCUCAAGGAUACUUCUACCAUCCAACCUAUUGCAUACUUCUACACCGGUGCUUAGGGAAAUGUGUCGCAGGUCAAAUGAGUUCACACAGCCAACUCCUAUUCGCAUUACUAUUGGUACAUACAAUGUCAAUGGAGGAAAACAUUUCAGAAGUCUAGCUUAUAAAGAUGUGUCUUUAGCUGACUGGCUGCUAGAUUCUCCUAACUCCUCUUUAGUGAAUACUGUCAAUUUGAAGGAACACCCAUCAGAUAUAUUUGCUAUUGGAUUUGAAGAAAUUGUUGACCUUAAUGCUAGUAACAUCAUGGCCGCUAGUUCUGACAAUGCUAAAGCUUGGAGUGAAGAAUUGGAGAAAGUAUUAUGUCGAGAUGCUCCAUACACUUUACUUUCUAGUCACCAACUUGUUGGAGUUUGUCUUUUUAUUUUUGUUAGGAAAGAUCUGAUACCUCACAUUAGAGAUGUUGCACUAGAUUCUGUUAAAACUGGUCUUGGUGGUACCACUGGAAACAAAGGAGCUGUAGGCAUUAGAAUGGUGCUUUAUGGAACUUCACUGUGCUUUGUAUGUGCUCAUUUUGCUGCUGGUCAAUCUCAGGUUACAGAGCGUAAUGCUGAUUACACUGAGAUCACACGAAAGAUCGCAUUCCCUAUGGGGCGCUCGCUGUACUCCCAUGACUACGUGUUCUGGUGCGGAGAUUUUAAUUAUCGCGUUGAUCUUGAAAAAGAUGAAGUGCGGUCAUUAGCAGCGCAGAAUAACAUAUCACGGAUACUAGAGAAUGAUCAGUUAAUAAAACAAAAAGACCAGGGCUUGGUUUUCAAAAAUUGCUUUGAAGGCGAUAUCACAUUCCCACCCACAUAUAAAUAUGAUCUAUUCAGCGAUGAUUAUGAUACUAGCGAGAAAUGCAGAGCGCCUGCCUGGACUGAUCGAGUUCUAUGGAGAAGCAGAAAAUAUACUAUAGACCCUGAGACUACCUCGGAUUUAGCAGCUGGAAAAUUGUUACAUUAUGGUCGCGCAGAACUGAAACAAAGCGAUCAUAGGCCCGUUAUAGCUAUUUUGGAAAUCGAGGUACUGCAAGUUAGCUAUACAAAAUGUAUGGAAGUAUUCUAUGAAGUAGUCAAAGACCUUGGACCUCCUGAUGCAAGCAUAAUUGUACAACCUUAUGAAGAGUAUGCCAGCGAAGAAUCAGUUAUUGAUGAUAACGUCGUGGCGGCUGUCCUACAGGAAUUAUCUACCAUCGGCGAAGUCACAUUGGUGCGGUUUAUUGAUGAUUCAUCUUUAAGUAUCACGUUUAGAGAAGGUCAAAACGCUUUGGCAGCCGCGCAGAAGGGGCAGAUUUCAGCUUGUUCCAUUCCAUUACAAAUAUCAUUGAAAACUCCGAACUGGAUCGACAUCGUACGAUCUGAAAUAAAUUUGUGCUCAAAUAAUACUGUGCCAUUGUCUGGAGAAGCCCAACCAGAGCGGCCGCUUAGAUCUGCGCCUCCUACUCCUAGAAGACAGCAGCCUAGCAGGCCACCAGCACCGUCGCCCACUCCUCUAGUGCCGUCUAGAGCGCCGGCAAUCAGCCCGGCUCGUCCACCGCCACCGCGGCCGGCACCUUUGCCCCCGGAUGCGGGGAAGGCAGGAGGCCAGCCGCCGAUAGCGUCGCCGCCAGUAGACAGCGUGCCGCCGCCGACGUGCGCUCCCCCGCCGCCGCCGGAGAGCAGCACGCCGCCGCCAGCCGGGCCGCCGCCCCCGGUGCCAGCCAGGCAGGGCGCCCCUCCACCACUGCCAGCACGUCCUCGACCAUAAUUACUAACGUAAGAUAUUUUAACUUACGGUGUUGAUGUAAUAUGUAUAUUUUGUGUUACCUUAUUUAGUUUAAUUAUUUAGUUUAAAUAUAGUUGAUUUACUGUUCAUUCAAACCUAUUUUAAAAACCAGCUAAGUUGUAAUUUAGGUUUGUAACUAUUUUUUUACGGCAAUACAAUUGCCCUUUAACUAACUUGGAAAUCAUGUCUGGGAAUAAAUAUUAACACUUUAUGAUUUUUUACGUGUAAUAUAAACUACUAACUUAGAAAUGUAUUCUACUAGCUACUGCAUACUUAAUAACUGAAAUAUUUUCUAAGUAUUUGGCUUUAUAUUUAAAAAUGGUUAGUUGUUUAGUUACUAGAUGUUGAGGCUGCCUUUAUUUUAAUUCUCUACUUAGACUGGAAUCUAGGUGACAUAUGUCCAGGUUUAGUAGACAAAAAUGUUUUUGAGAUUAUGAAGAUUUUUUUUAGAUAUGAUUCGAUAUGAAGCAACUUUUGUUUUUGUUAUUACAUACUUCAAUUUAUAAAUUUUUUGAUAACUAUGCAAUUUAGCUGCAAUGUUAUAUUUAUCGUGAGUUGUACCUAGUAAGAGUAAAGUUCAAUGUUAUGAUACUUCAUAUGUGCGUACAUACAACUUUCCAGUGUGUUUAUGUAAUGGAAUGUGUGUAGUACGAAAACAGCAGUAUAAGUACUUACUGGGAUAAUCAAACAAGAUAAAGAGAUGGAAAGCGGUGGAAGUGGUUUUGAGAAACUCUCCAGCAUAAUGGAUUUGUAAAAGUGCAGCUGGUAAACCUUUCUGCAAAUUGUAUGUAUGUGUAUAACUGGUUAAAACUAUUUAAAAUUGGAUUCGUUCUAAUAUUUGUACAAUGGCCCAGUGAAAUAAUCGCCUGGAAACGCUUAAUCGAGGAUUCAUGUUGAUGCAAAAUAAUGUUUUCUGUUACUAAUUUUGAAGUAUAACAUUUUAGAAAAGAUAUCGUUAUUAACAAUUUUAUAGUAUCACUGUUGGCAUAUAUUUGUGUGUAUUUAUGCUAUUCUGUUGAUUUGAUGCUAGUGAAAUUAUAAGAAACAUUUUUUAUUGUUUGUUAUAUGUGUCACAACGCCAAGUCUGUUGAAAUUGAUACCGCAAUAGAAGGAUACAAAAAAUAGAUUACCAUUAUCAGAGCCCUACAUCCUUGUGAUAAUUAUGUCCAAUCGAUUAGAUAAUCAAAUUCACUUUAUAAGAUGUAUAACGUGUAUAAUUAUUUCGUGUGAUAUAUGGAUGGGAGAAUCUCCAAAAUUCUAAGAUAAGUUCUCAAUACUUUAUUUUCCAUCCUUUUUUGUACUUUUUGGCCAAAAACUUCUUUGCAAGAAACGUAUUAAGGCCGCCGUUGUUGCCAACAUUUUUUACAGGGUUUGUAUUCCUUUGUCUUUACAACUGACUGCUCGAUAUCUGAUCUAAAUGAAUGUUAUAUGGUUUACCAUUCCUGGCAAACAAGAAUGCCUGGUCAAAUCACUUUUCUAUUUGUGUCUGUCUAUUAGUCUACUAAUAUUGCUGGGAUAGAAUUAGUGUAGGUAUAAAACACGGCUCGUAUUAUUGUAAUUAACACAGCUUGGAGUUGCGCUGAUAUUUUAUGUAUGUCUAGAAGUAAAUUCGCUCUCUUUGGUCUCGAACUCAAUGGGACAAGUUCUACUACACGGCUAUGCUAGAUGUCUGGUGGCUGGCUUCACGGUACAUAUCUGCUGAUGUGGUAUUAAUCGGUCAAUGACCCGCUGGUAUGGUACCGACAACAUCGUGCUGCAAACUUGUAACAGCGCCAUUUAGUAUUUAUAGGGUCGACGUAGAUCUAGCAAAUCGCAUUGCGGAAAGUUGUCUAAUAACAAAAUAAUUCAUUGAAGUAAUAUGUAUCAGAAGUGUAUACAACAUUUUCAGAUAAUUAUGCACUUCAUAAUUUUGUCCGUUGAACUUCGUUGACUAUUUUUCCAUUUUAUUUUGGAUUGCAGUGCAUUUUUCUGUCUACGCCGACUCUAAGGCCGUUUAUAAGUAGAUGUGCAUCGAAUUAUCAUAAUGUCUUGUGUACACGAAUUAUUGAUGAUACAGAUUAGUAUUUGACUUAAAUAGGUAGAUUAUAAUAAAGUACACAUUAUUAUAUUUUAUUUUGUUAAGUACACGAUGCAAAAAUAAUUCGUCCUUAUUUACAUUGUUUGGUAAUUAUUAGUUUUCCUGUAAUCCUUGUUCCUGUUAAAGACAUAUUCUUUAAAUUAGUUUAGAAUACUUACUUAACAUGCGUGCAUCUCAUUGUUCUUAUUUUUUUCUAAAAAAUAAUUUUAUGAUUCUAAAUAUCUCCUAAUCAAGUAUUCUUUUGUUAUUUACAUUGCUUGUUUACAUAAUAUUAAGGUUUAAAAAGGUGAUUUGAUAAAAAAAUGUCUCAAUUUAUUUUUUACUUUUAUAUUUAAAGGCUGUGUUGUGCAUUUCUUCACAUGAGGUUUAAUAUUAAUUUCUCUAUUACCUAAAUUUUAAAUGGAUUACGCUUGUUCAGUUGCUUCUGUAAGCUGGUCUAUUUUAAAGGUUAAAAGUUCCAAAAAUAUGUAUUUUUUGUUAGCUAGAUUUCUUAAUGACCUAUUUUAAAAUAUUUUUUUAUUUAAGUGGGUAGUUGUUUAGACUAUUCAAGAAGUAGGUACCUGAUUGUUUACCUUUAUCAGCUACAAUUGUGUACUGAGUUUUCUAAGCUGUUACGUAUUAUUAUCGAACAAAUUAUAUAUUUAAAAUCUUCUUAAGAUAUUCUUUCAUAACAAAGUAGGUCGGUGUUACAAAGUAGUGCUUUAUGAAUGUUAUGCUAUAUGGAUUCACAAAAUAUGGUUUGCAAUAUAGCAUUAUAGGUGAAGGCCAGUGUUGAUGAUAUGUUAUACAGUUAUAUCAAAUAUAGAAUUAUUUAAAA